AUGGCUGGAGACCUGCAAGGCAACUUCCCAGAAGACAUCUUUUGCCUUCCAUUCCUCAAAAAGUUGAGUUUAACCGGAAAUGAAUUUCUCACAGGUACUUUACCAAAGUAUAAUUGGAGCUCUUCACUGAGAUUCUUGGAUCUCUUUGAGACAAAUUUCUCAGGAAAGUUAUCUAACACAAUCGGCAACCUUAAAUACUUGAAGGUUUUGGAUCUCUCAAGUUUCUCUUGGUACUUGGAUAUGAUGGAUCUUUCUUUCAACAAAUUCAAAGGGCUGAUUCCAACAUCAUUUUGGAACUGCACGAAAAUAACUUCUUUGGAUUUGUCAGGCAAUAACUUUACAGGCGAAGUUGCAACGUCAUUAUCUAAACUUAGUCAGCUUAAAAGUUUAAAUCUCAGUGGGAACAAUCUUGAAGGAAAGUUCCCAGAUGUUUUUGGCAAUCUCAGCAAAUUAACUGAUCUAGAUCUUUCAUUGAACAAUUUCAGUGGUCAGUUGCUGUCUUCAACAUUCAACCUCUCACAGCUUUCUGUUUUAGACUUUUCCGAAAAUCAAGUUCAAGGUCAUAUUCCAUUUCAAGUAAGUGGUCUUUCAAAUCUAAUUUCUCUCAAGAUGUCUGAUAAUUUUCUUGCCGGAAGAGUACCAUCUUGGUUGUUUACUAUGCCAUCUUUAGAGACAUUAGACCUUAGCAAUAACAAACUCACAGGUCCAAUUGAGGAGUUCCACCCGCCUGGUUCAGUGAAAUAUGUUUCUUUGAUGAAUAACGAGAUUCGAGGUUCAAUUCCAAAUUCCAUGUUUGAACUCUUAAACCUUACAUCCCUCUACCUUUCAUCCAACAACUUGAGUGACAAUGUGAAUGCAGACAAGUUGUCUAAGCUCAAAAAUCUCGUUGCCAUUGACCUUUCUCACAACACCUUACUAUCAUUUGUUAAUCAGAAAAGUGAAACCUUUACGUCGCCCAACCUUCAAAGCUUCAGUUGCUCUUCUUGCCACAUAAAUGAAUUCCCUAUUUUCUUAAGAACCUCAAACAUCUUGUUUUUCUUAGACCUUUCAAACAAUAGAAUUCAUGGUAAAAUUACUCAAUGGCAAUUUGAAUUGUUUCACAAUUUGUUAUAUUUGAAUCUCUCUCACAAUUUUCUUACGAGUUUCUCCCCUAUUGGAAAAACUUCAAAUGUGGUUCUUGACCUUCAAUCCAACUUGCUCCAAGGCCCACUUGUGAUUUUAGAUGCACCAUUGAUGGACACCUUAUUACUUUCCCACAACAUGUUGACGGGAGAGAUCCCUUCGUCAAUUUGCAACUUGAGCGAUAUUCAUGUUCUUGACCUAUCUAACAAUAGCUUGAGUGGAACAAUUCCUCAGUGUCUAGGAAACGCUCCCUGGCUUUCACUCUUGAACCUUAAAAUGAACAAUUUCCAUGUUCUCAAUGUUGGGAACAACAUGAUAAAUGAUACUUUUCCUCAUUGGUUAGCAAAGCUUCCAGAUCUACAAAUUCUAAUAUUGAGAUCUAACAGAUUUCAUGGUUCCAUUGAAAAAUCAAAGGCAAGAUUAUCAUUUCGUAAGCUACGAAUAAUUGAUAUCUCUCACAAUCAGUUCACAGGUCAUAUUCCACCAUUAUUGGAAAAUUUGACUCAACUUGAAUCAUUAGACUUCCCCUUCAACAACUUUGUUGGAAAGAUUCCUAAUCAGCUCACAAGUCUAACAUUUCUUUCCGUGUUGAACCUUUCAUACAACCAACUUGUCGGAUCCAUACCUCAAGGAAAUCAAUUUGAUACAUUUCAAAAUGACUCUUAUAUUGGAAACUUUGGGUUGUGUGGAUCCCCAUUGUCAAGGAAGUGUAUUCAUGAUGAGCCACCAUCUCCAGUACCAUUAAUCUACCAUGAAGAAGAUGAUGAGUCGAGCUGGUUUGAUUGGAAAAUUGCCUUGAUGGGUUAUGAAUGUGGAUUUGUGUUGGGCUUAUCCAUUGGAUAUAUUGCAUUCACAACAAGAAAACCGCAAUGGUUCAUAAGGAAGAUUGAAAGAGAGAAUUCCACCGCCUUUCUCCAACGAAGGGUAAACCCACUUGCAGAACUGGUUUUGGAUUCUAUAUCCUUUUCUGGGUAUCUGUUCAUGAAAUUUUUGAACUUUAUACUUUAG